AUGGCCGUUGAACAAUCGCGCUGCGGGUGCAGCUUGUACCUUAACGGCUCGAAUCCAGGCGUGGGUCAGAAGGAGACUUGUCCUACUCGCCGGCUACUCACUGAGUGCUACCCUUUCAAUUUCGGGGAAAGCCCUGCUACCGGUCAGAGUCCGGAUGCAGACCAGGAACGCCCCGUCCGCGCGUCUUUGGCGACCGAGGGUAAGGAGAACAUCAAGCGUCGCAAGGCUUGGGUGUGCGAUCUUGAUAUGGGAAGCUUCCAUAUCUGA